AUGGACAUAUCAAAAAUAGGAAGCUCUGCAAUUGAUAAGUCAUUUGGCCGAGGAGGGCAGUCUAAGGAUGCUGUAGUAAUAGUAUCAAAUUUGGAAAUUCAUAAACCUGUCGUCACUUUUUGUGAUAUGAAUCAAGCCUAGAAAGAAUUUGCAUUUGAAACUGCUGAACAUGCUUUUAAAUUGUCUGCUAAAAGAGAAAAGAGAUAUUUUAAAGACAUAGCGGAAUACAUAAAAAAUGAAUUCGAUAAUAAAUUUUAAGGGACAUGGCAUGUAAUAGUUGGAUUACACUUUGGGUCAUUUGUUUCUUAUGAGAGUUAAUGUAUGAUACAUUUUUACAUAAACUAAUUGGGAUUCAUGAUUUAUAAGUUUGGCUGA